AUGGUUCAAGGGAAUAUCAAUAAUCCAAGUCUAGAUCUUUUGGAUGCAUUCCCCUUUCAAGAUGGAGAUCUACAACUGGUUGUCCUGUUGUUGUCGUUGAGGAUAUCAACUUUAUUUACCUUUGAUAACAUGAAUCUCUUUACUCGUCUUCGGAAUAAUGCCAAAGGGAAAGCCCCAGAACAGACACAGGACCAAUCACAUCUCGAUCCACACCAAUGGAAACUUCCAUCUACCUACGUAACAUCAACCCAACCUGGAACGAAGCCGACGAUAAUUCCCGAUCCAAAGGUUUUUGCCAAUGUGUUCUCUAUUCCGACUGAAUUUGAGCCUGUUAGAGUUGAGACACUGCUGGCAUAUCCCGAUGCCAGCCAUGCUGCUGUACAUCUCGCAUUGCUCGAGUGUUUCCGCAACUUGAGAGCCAGCGCCAGAGCUCUUGACGUCAGUGUCGUCCAACCACCAUCGUACAAUGAGAAGUCUACAGGAGGGUUAUCUUCUGAAACUGCUCCAUUGCCGGAAUCUCAAAGAUGGGAUUUUCUUAUCAAGUUGGCUGUCACACGCUUCAUGGCUUGGUGGGAUAACAUUGAUAUGGUGUUAAACCAUGCCAGUGUUUAUUCUCAUCAUGCUGGUAGCCAUGUUGCCCUCCAACUUACAAAAGAUUACCUCCCACCUCUGGAUAUACUUCUUGUGUGGUAUUCUUUGAUGCUCAACACGGAUGUUUACGAUACUGCGUGCCAAGCUCAUGGUAGCAAUGUUGCACGUCUCAAGAAUCUGUGCUUUCCCUGGCCAGCUAUACGCGAUAUUAUCGAUAUGGACAAGAUGGAAUAUGAACUACCCCGCGCCGCUCAGAACCUUUUCAGAAAUCUAUCAUCCCAGUCCUGCGAUAUAUUGACAUAUCUUGACAGCCCCCCAGCCUACACUGAUUCCGGGAAAGUCUCAUUCAAGACAGAUCUCUUCAGUGAAGUCAAGAAGCACGAUAAGUUUAUCAAUGAAUCUCAUCAGCGACUUUGGAUACGUUCGCCUGCUUUGCAUGGAUCCCUGGGUCGUGCAGGCGGGGAGUAUCUAGACUUUCACCUCCGAGAGCCUAAUGUUGUUGAGGAUGAUGUGUUGGAAAGUUUGUCCUUUGGCGUUCAAUUAUUUUGGAGGACACAUCGCCUGUUUCCAAGGCAGUACAAGGCUUUCCUGGUGGAGAUAAGGAGGAACAAGGGAGAACCCAGCUCAAAAGAGGAUUUGAAAAUAAUUUUGGAUGGGGAAGACGAGGCACUUGAGUCCAGCCAGUGUUGUUGCUGCUGGAUCUGUGAACGAAUCCGAGACGAUGUCCCAGAAUUUUAUCACGCCCAAUCAUUAUCGGUACCAUCCUCUCCGACUACCGCCGUGCCACAAGAUACGGUUCAGAAACAACUUUCAUCACUAUCUUCAGAGCAAAUCCGCCAAAUACAAGACGAUCUAGGUUUCUACCUUGCCGUCCAAGAUGCACGCAAACGCCAAAUCCCUCUACCUACGAGACCACCCACUACAGCAGAGAAAGAAGCUGAAAAGAUAGCUGAACAGAAGAAGAAAGAGGCUGGAUAUUUACCAGGGUUGAAUGAAUAUGUCGAGGUUUUGCCUGAUGGGACCCGUAAGAUACGGCAGAGAAAGGCCAAGGGGAAUAGAUAUUACUACAUGAUGGCUUUGUAA